AUGCCCUCCAAACCAAUCGCCUCCCCACCCCUCCAACCAAAGAAAGUCCACGGCGCUGUCCGCGACGACCUCCCCGUCGACGACUACGAGAAUGCAUGGGCCCAACAGGAGGAAGAAGAGGACGAAGAACAAAAAGAGAGAAGUGGUAAUAUCGCCUACAACGCACCGAAUGUCGCUGCCGCGAGGAGGAUGAAUACCGGUACUGCGCCGAAUCCUGCUGAGGGGACACAUAAGGGGACGACGGGGUCGGUUAAUAGGUCGAAGACGGGACAUUGA